UUAUUUCAGGUAAACUCCUCGGUUUCGCUGUUCUAAAUUCUGGAGUGUGCCAGAAGUAAAGUCAAUUGUUCAGCUUUGCGUGAUUGCCCCUCAUCAGUAGCCAACCGCCACCGCAAUUCAGUUCAGCAUAAUGGAGGCUCUAGUCACCUCGAUGAUACCGGCAUUUGAGGCCGGCAGCGAGGCAGACAUCUGCAACAAGUUACAAGAGUUCAACAAAGAGAAUGCACAGACGUUUUCAUUCCCGGAGCUGGGAUCUGAAACCAAAAAGAAGUUUAUCGGUGACGUUUUGAGGUCCUUGGAGGCCAAGUACAACACAGAGUGUUACUGUCUGUGUCUGGAGGCCUUGCGGAUCUUAAGCAGGGAAAAGCACCACCUGUAUCAGUUGGCUCAGAAGGACGGCAUCCUCCUGCUGAUGAAGCUAGCGGGACUCGAAGAAAAACCCACCAAACGCAGUGACCAAGUUAUCAUUGAGGCCGAGAAGUGUCUGUGCAAUCUAGUCUACAACAGCAGCCAAGUCCAAACCAUGUGCCAAGACAGCAAGUGUGUCAAAUAUUUAAUGAACCGAGUCAGAUUGUAUCCGAGUAGCGAACCACAGAUAUCAACUGACAUUAAGUUCUUUGACAUGAGGUUGCUGUUCCUAAUGACAGCACUGUGCCCUAAAACCAGGUCAUUUGUGAGAAAGGAAUACAACGGGAUCGAGUUACUUACCCAAGUUCUUGAGACCGAAGUGCUAGGUUUCCCUCCGCAGUCAACAGCACCACCAGCAACUCUUUCACAAUCACCGACGGAAGACACAAUUGGCAUUACUGACUCCGCCUCAAAAUCCACAGCCGGAGAAGCAGCAGUGGGGGGUGGAGAGACUGUGACGGACACGGUGACAGAACCUGCGACAGAACCUGUGACAGAUGCAGUGCCAAAUACGACAACGGACGUGGUGUCAGAACCAGCCAAAGAGACGGUGGCAGAUGCGGCGACAGACACAGUGGUGGACACUGUGACAAAUAGUGUUGUGGAUUCAGUGACAGACGCGGUGGUAGAUACCGCAACACACACAGUGACAGACAGGGUGGGGGACACUGUUGUGGAAUCAGUGAAGAUGACCGCAGUGCAGGCUGAUCUGGCGUGCGAAGUCUUUAAAGCCUUGUUCAACACCGUCAUACACACCAAGGCCAAGGAGCUGGAGAAAGAGUUGGAGCCUGAUGUCCUGCGGCGUCUUGGCAUAGCCUGCCGGUGCAUGCUGCUGAGCGACUCCACAACACCUGCAAAGACAGAAGAGUGCCAUAGUCAAACCAUCAACUUGAUGACCUGUGCCCUUCCGUUGACCUGCAUACAAGAGUUGACCCCUGAACCCAGCGGGGGAGCGGCAGGGGGUGACUUGCUCUACGACGGGCACAGCAUGGACGCCAUCGUUAGCAUUCUCAAGUUCCUGGAGAUGAGGGUGGAUCGGGCUGCAGCUGCAAAGAAGCUGCACGUAGUUGAGCAGCUGAACCCUGUGCUUAGCGCCCUCUGUGUGCUGAGCAGGACGGACAGACGUAUACGCAGAUAUCUCAAGGAGACGGUUCUACCUCCUCUCAAUAAGGACCAGGCAUGCCAUCUCCCUGAGGAAGGUAUAAGCCUGCGCAAUAAGCUGGUACGUCUCAUGACCAACCACUCCACGGAUAUCAAGGAAGUCGUUGCUGACUUGCUGUUCAUCCUCUGCAAAGAAUCAGUGAACCGAUUGAUCAAAUACACGGGCUAUGGCAAUGCAGCAGGGAUGCUAGCAAGGCGUGGUCUCCUAGCCGGUGGUCAUGGCAACAGGGACUACAGCUCGGAUGAAGACGACAGCGACACGGAGGAAUAUAAAGACGUUAGGAAUGAGGUGAAUCCGGUAACUGGCCGCGUGGAAUCUGAGCGGCCCAAUCCCAUGGAAGGCAUGACGGACGAACAGAAAGAAGUCGCAGCCAUUGAACUGGCCAACAUGAUCCACAGAAUCACCAGAGAGGGUGUCAUUCAACCCAUGUCGGUGUCAGAUGAUGGCAAACUGGUACCCAUGAUGGACAUUGUGCAGAAAGCGGCCAUGGAAGCCAGCCAAACUCAACCAUCGGACGAUGAUGAAGAUGACGAUGAUACUAAUGACAACAAUAACUAGCAGUUAAGGAUAUUAUCAGCCGAUGACAAUGAUGACAAUGACAAUAAUGACAAUAACUAACAGAUAAGGAUAUUAUCAACUGUUGACAAUGACAAUGGUGACAAUAACUAGCAGAUAUGGAUAUCUCCAUCUGAUGACAAUGCCAAUAAUGACAACAAUAUUAACUUGCAGUUCAGAUUAGUCAAGUUCAUCCCUCAAAGUAUUGAUUUUUAAUCAAUGUACUCACAAAACUCGAAUAAUAAAAAAAAAUACUCUUUCUAAUCAAGGAUAUAAUUUUUAGAGUGUUUGCAUAUAUCUGUUGUUUCAACUGCAUACUAAAGGCAUGAACAACACGUUUGUGCACUUAGUAAUGAUUCAGCCACCCACAAAAAAAAAUUCUGGAACUGUUUACUAUAACUAUGCAACUUCUAAUUUUUAACAUACAAGUGAUAGAACAGCAUUAACAAAAACAUUAAGGCACUUUGUUUGGACAUGUUCUACAGAAUCAGUUUUGUCAGGUAAAAAAUUGGAGUGCAAAAACAGUCGAACAACUUUAAAACAAGGUCCUUGGGAUUUUACAAAUGAUCUUGUUAUAACAGGUACCUAAGUUGUAUUAACUCUUUCGCUACAGAAUUUAAUUUACCGAUUUUUCCACGUUUGGACGUAAUAAAUCACUGGAAAUUCCACCGUGUGUUGAUGUGGGCGCCGCCAUCUUUAAAUGUCUCUCCGUAAA